AUGAAUUUCUACAUUAACCAAGUGUUUUUGGCAUGCUGCUUGACCAUCCUUGUUGUACCCAAGAUGUUUACUCGUUACCUCUCUUUAAAUCGGGUUGUGCUAUGCAACCAUCGUGUUAAGAUGGAGACGUUGAGAACUCACAACAGAGCUCGCAACUCAAAAAUAUUGCAUGACGUUGUACAUUUUCCCGUCCAAGGCAACUCGAUGAUGUGUACAACAAUAGUCAAGUUGGGAUCUACACCGAGUGAAUAUAUUGUGUUGAUUGAUAAAGGAAGCGACCUUCUCUUGGUUAGUUGCAAUCAAUGUGAUAAUUGUCCUCAAUCUAAUGGACUUGGGUUUAAGUUCAAUUUCUUUAACACGGUGAGUUCAUCAAUGGCUGCAUUGAUUCAUUGUUCGGACUAUCUAUGCCCUUUCGGAGUUCAAGAUCUUGUCAUAAAAGGUAAGAUUGUUGUCUACGAUUUGACUAAUCAGCAAAUAGGAUGGACGAAUUAUAAUUGUUCUAUGUCUGCGAAUGUCAAUGUGACCUUGAGCAAAGACAAGAACAAUAAUCCUCGAGCAAACCGGUCGAGUUCCAUCAUCAGUUCAGAGUGUUGUACCCAUAUUGAUUGGGGUUUGAUUGAGACACCAACAACGUUUGAUGGAAUCUUUGGGUUCAGCCUUGGUUCUCUGUCUGUUGUGUCUCAAUUGUCAGCAUGUGAAAUAAUACCAAAUACUUUUUCUCAUUGCUUGAAAGGAGAUGGCAGUGGGGGAGGCAUUCUAGCUCUUGGUACGGUUGUGGAGCCAAGUAUUGUCUAUACUCCACUUGUUCCAUUAAAGUAUGUUUUCCUCUGCACUGUUUUUCUCAUUUUCUUUUUGUAG